AUGAAGAAAACCAACAUGUGGUUCUUGGAGCGGCUUCGUGGGUCAGGGGAGAAUGGAGCUACGGGGGGCGAGGGUGGGGACAGGGCCGCCAAGGGGCCCCUGUACAGCAACGUGCUUACGCCCGACAAGAUCCCGGACUUCUUCAUCCCCCCGAAGCUGCCCGCCGGCCCCACGGAGCCGGAGGCUCAGGCUGAGCUGGGGCCCUCGACCUCGGAGCAGAACCUGGCCUCUGCCGCGCCCCGCCGCGGCCCCCGGAGCCCCCGGCUGCCUGCCAAGCUGGCCGCCGAGAGCAAGAGCCUGCUGAAGGCGGCCACCAGGCAUGUGAUCCAGAUCGAGAGCGCAGAGGACUGGACCGCCGAGGAGGCCGCCACCAACGCCGACCCCCAGGCCCAGGGGGCCAUGUCGCUGCCCUCGGUGCCCAAGGCCCAGACGUCCUAUGGCUUCGCCACGCUGGCCGAGAGCCCCCACACACGGCGCAAGGAGUCUCUGUUCCAUAGCGAGCACGGGGCUCUGGCCCAGGUGGGCUCCCCGGGCACCCGGCGCCGUCGGGGGGGCGUCAAGGCCAACGGGGGCGAUGGGGCGCCCAGGGAGGCCGGCGGUGCCCUCAUGAGCCCCGGCCGCUGCGUCAGUGGCGGGGAGAGCGACACGGGGUCCUCGGCCGAGUCCUCGCCGUUCGGGUCCCCCCUGCUCUCGCGCUCCGUGUCGCUGCUCAAAGGGUUCGCCCAGGACAGCCAGGCCAAGGUGAGCCAGCUGAAGCACUCGGUGGGCCGCCACGGCUCCCCGUCGGCCGACGACAGCACGCCGGACACCAGCCCUGGGGCCCGGCGCCGCCUGGCCCGCAGGGCCACCCCGGAGCCCGGCCCCGAGCCCGGCGCGGCGCCCCGCGCGGAGCACGCUGUGCGCAUAGGCCCGCGGGGCAGCGUGCGGCUGCUGGCGGAGUAUGAGGCGGCCCAGGCCCGCCUGCGCGUGCGCCUGCUGGCGGCCGAGGGCCUCUACGACCGGCUCUGCGACGCCCGCAGCAUCAACUGCUGUGUGGGCCUGUGCUUGGUGCCCGGCAAGCUGCAGAAGCAGCGCAGCACCAUCGUCAAGAACAGCCGCCACCCCGUCUUCAACGAGGACUUCUUCUUCGACGGCCUGGGGCCGGCCAGCGUGCGGAAGCUGGCGCUCAGGAUCAAGGUGGUGAACAAGGGCAGCAGCCUCAAGCGGGACACCCUGCUCGGGGAGAAGGAGCUGCCCCUGACCUCUCUGCUUCCCUUCUUGUAA